UCCGGUUUUUCCGCCGCGGGCGCCAUUUGUCUCCGCGGUUCGUUGUGGGGUGCCCCUGAGGUGCUGAGAGCUGGGUGAGCGUGGCUCCUCAGGCUUUUCGUUGGGACCGAGUAGGGAAGGGAUGGGAGUGCCCUCCGUCCCUUUGAUCUGGCCGUGACUCACUAGACGGGCGCGCGUCCUGGUCUUCCGCGGGGCCGCUGUUUCUCGGGGCCCCCGGCACCCGCCGAAGGCGGCGCCCGGAACUGGGGCGCUUUUUCUCGGGGCGGUAGCCAGCCGAGGCCACCCGGCCUUGGCAGGCGGAGGGAAGGGUCAGCAGGCUGCCUGGGCACUCGCCUCUGCGAGCCUGGCUGGAACGCAGGGCCCCAUCAUGGCGGCGCCGACCCAGCAGCCACAGGUAUCUGUGACCUUCGAUGAUGUAGCUGUGACUUUUACCCAGGAGGAGUGGGCACAGCUGGACCCAGCUCAAAGGACCCUAUACCAAGAGGUGAUGCUGGAAAACUUUAGGCUCCUGGUGUCUCUGGGCGAAAGAUACAGAUUAGAAGGGGGCCUGGAGGUAUUCCAACCGCGAAGCUUCCGUGUCUUCAGCAGCUCCUUACCUCCCAGGAUCGAUGUGUGGCCGUCUGUGCCCGAAGAGUCAUCAACCAGGGAAAUUCAGCAGAGCCUCGGUGACAGAGGGAAACCCAAGACCAGAGAACCUAGCCCUUGGGAGCCAGCCGUCUCUGAGGGAGCCUCCCUCCGGGAACCAACACAAGGAGGCCUAGGGGACCCCCAGUCGGGACGAACCAAGAAUCAGGGUGAGCCAUCGGUAGUGCAGGAAGGGCCCUUUGGACGAGGGAUAGCCUCCCAGAGGGGAAAGCUUCCUGGGAAAGUGAGUCCUGAACAUGGCCGCUCAGGGACAGCUGAUGGUGUGUGUUCACGGGGUGUGCAGGAGCCCUUCCCUCCAGGAGGAGCUGUCCCUGACCGUGACUCAGGUGGAUCGGGUAAAGAUGCCAUGAUCCAGGAAGAGGAAAAUAUCUUUAAGUGCAACGAAUGCGGGAAAGUGUUUAACAAGAAACACCUUCUUGCUGGGCAUGAAAAGAUUCACUCUGGGGUGAAGCCGUAUGAAUGCACGGAGUGUGGGAAAACGUUUAUUAAGAGCACAUACUUGCUCCAGCACCACAUGAUCCACACUGGGGAGAGGCCCUACGAGUGCAUGGAGUGCGGCAAGGCCUUCAGCCGCAAGUCCUACCUCACCCAGCACCAGCGGAUCCACAGUGGAGAGAAGCCGUACAGGUGCAGUGAGUGCGGAAAGGCCUUCACCCACCGCUCCAAUUUUGUCUUACAUAAGAGGAGACACACCGGGGAGAAAUCCUUCGUGUGCAAAGAAUGUGGGCAGGUGUUCCGACAUAGGCCCGGAUUCCUUCGACAUCACAUCGUCCACAGCGGCGAGAAUCCGUACGAGUGCUUUGAGUGUGGCAAGGUCUUCAAACACAAGUCGUACCUCGUGUGGCACCAGCAGACACACACCGGGGAGAAGCCCUAUGAGUGCAGCGAGUGCGGCAAGGCCUUCUGUGAGAGCGCCGCCCUCAUUCACCACUACGUCAUCCACACCGGGGAGAAGCCCUUCGAGUGCCUCGAGUGCGGGAAGGCCUUCAACCACAGGUCCUACCUCAAGAGGCACCAGCGGAUUCACACUGGGGAGAAGCCCUAUGUGUGCAGUGAAUGCGGUAAGGCCUUCACACACUGCUCCACUUUUAUCUUCCAUAAGAGGGCCCACGCUGGGGAGAGACCUUUUGAGUGUAAAGAAUGUGGAAAGGCCUUUCGCAAUCGGGCAGAUCUCAUUCGGCACUUCAGCAUCCACACUGGGGAGAAGCCCCAUGAGUGCACAGAGUGCGGGAAGACCUUUAACCGCAGGUCGUACCUCAAGAGGCACCAGCGGAUUCACACCGGGGAGAAGCCUUUUGUGUGUACCGAGUGUGGAAGGGCCUUCACCCACUGCUCCACCUUCAUCUUUCAUAAAAGGGCCCACACUGGCGAGAAGCCCUUUGAGUGCAAAGAAUGUGGAAAAGCCUUUAGCACUCGGAAAGAUCUCAUUCGGCACUUCAGCGUCCACACUGGGGAGAAGCCCCAUGAGUGCACGGAGUGUGGGAAGGCCUUUAACCGCAGGACAGGCCUGACAAUGCAUCAGCGGAUUCACAGUGGCGAGAAGCCCUAUGAAUGCAUGGAGUGUGGGAAAUCCUUCUGCUGGAGCACCAGCCUCAUUCGACACGCCAUCAUCCACACGGGAGAGAAGCCUUACAAGUGCAGUGAGUGUGGAAAGGCCUUCAGUCGCAGCUCCUCCCUCACUCAGCAUCAAAGGGUUCAUACUGGGCGAAACCCUGUCAGCGUGACAGAUGUGGGAAGACCCUUCCCAGGUGACCAAACCUCAGCCACCCUCCGAGAACUCCUGCUGGGAAAAGACUUUCUGAAUGUAAACCCCGAGGAGACUCUUUUGCAGGAGAAAACAUCUACCACAACGUCUGAUCGUACAUACCAAAGAGAAACCCCACAGGUAUCUUCACGAUGAGAGAACCUGUCACAGGUCAUCCAUCAGUUGUGUGAAGACGCAUUUGAGAGACUGGCGCAGCGUCAAGCCUUAUUCUGCAUCUCAGAAUUCAUCGGUGAGGGAGAGACUGUUUGUUUAGCUACUGUUUUUCUCCUUAGUUUACACUGCAGUAUUAUCUCAGGAAUUUUUAUAAAGAGAGGUGGAGACUUAGAAGAGAAAAUGUAUCGCAAACACAGUUUCUCUGAGACUCCUCUGUCAAGCUUUCGGCACUUUGUCAUGGAUUCCUUAGUUUACUUGGGGUGAAGGGGGUGUUAUUUCAGAGGCAAAGGGCCUUGAUCCUUCCUGUGUCUUGUGUGUAUACAGUCAUUGCUGUCCGGUGUCUGGAGAGUUAGAUGGUUGGGGGCAGGUAUUUACGCAGCUAAGGAUGCACAUAGGACAGACGGACACAUUUUAUCAUGCCGGUUAAGACUUUUCAGACUUUUGGAGUUCCCGUUGUGGCUCAGUGGUUAACGAAUCCGACUAGGAACCAUGAGGUUGCGAGUUCAAUCCCUGCCCUUUCUCCGUGGGUUAAGGAUCCAGUGUUGCCCUGAGCUGUGGUGUAGGUUGCAGACACAGCUCGAAUCGGGUGUUCCCGUGGCUCUGGUAUAGGUCAGUGGCUACAGCCCCAAUUUGACCUCUAGCCUGGGAACCUCCAUGGGCCAUGGGAUUGGCCCUCGAAAUGGCAAAAAAAAAAAAAAAAAGACUUUUCAGGCUUUUGUUUUAUUAAAAACUCAAUCUGUUCUGGUGGAUUUGACCAUCAAAUAUUCAGACUUUUUAUUGAUCCAGUCUCUUGAGUUCUUAAUUUUUAUAGCUAUACAGUAAAUUUUAAAAUUGGGAAAAAUAAGGGUGUUCCUUUUGUGUUGCAGCAGAAAGGAAUCCAGCUAGUGUCCAUGAGGAUGCAGCUUCCAUACCUGGCCUCUCUCAGUGGGUUAAGGAUCUGGUGUUGCCAUGAGCUGUGGUAUAGGUUGCAGACAUGGCUCAGAUCAUGCAUUGCUGUGGCUGUGGCCGGCUGCUAGAAAUCCUAGGAUCCAAAAAGGUCUUACCCACAUAUUUAUAGAAAUCGAUGUAUACUUGUAGAGCAAUUUGUUCAGACGUAGAAUCAUGACCACAUUAGGUAGUAUGAUGCUUCAUUUGUUUACUUAUUUCCUUUUUAUGGCUGCACCUGUGGCAUGUGGGAGUUCUGGGCUAAGGGAUGAAUCAGAGCUUUGGCUGUGACCUACACAGCUUGGAAUCCAAGCUACAUCUGCAACGUACACCACAGCUCAUGGCAACGCCAGAACGUUAACCCACUGAGUGAGGCCGGGCAUCAAACCUGAUUCCUCAUGGGCUCUACUCAGUUUCUUAACCUGCUGAGAGCCACAAUGAGAACUCCUGUUUAAUUAUUGCUAUUUCCUUACCAUUUUAUAAAUUUCAGCAAUACAGCUUUUAAACAUUUUUGUUAGGAUAUAUGUCUAGGUAGUUGGGUAUUUUUUUCCGAGUAUUUUUCAUAUGACAUAAACUUCAAUUUCCGCAUGAUCUUUAGCAGUAUACAGAAAGAUAAUUGUUCCUGGAGUAGUAUUUCAGUAUCUUGUACCCACGGCUGAACUCAGUUAUUAUUUCUAGCAAUUUCUUUGAAUAGAAUUCUUGGUGUGUCUGUAUAGAAAUGUCAGGUGCAAAUUAGUGUUUGUUUGUUUGUGUGGUUUUUUUGUUUUGUUUUGUCUUCUUAGGGCCACACCUGCAACAUAUGGAGGUUCCCAAGCUAGGGGUGGAAUUGGGGCUGUAGCCGCUGGCCUACACCACAGCCACAGCCACGCCAGAUCUGAGCUGCAUCUUUGACCUACACUGCAGCUCAUGGCAGCACUGGAUCCUUAACCCACUGAGAGAGGCUAGGGAGUGGAACCUUCAUCCUCAUGGACACUAGUCAGGUUCAUUUACACUGAGCCGUGACAGGAACUCCAAAUUAGUUUUAUUUCUUCCUGUCUCUACACCUGUUAUUUUAUUGCAUUAGCUAGGACUUCCAGUAUGUCGAAUCAGAGUAAUGAGAAAGGACAUCCUUGUCUUGUUCCUUAUAUCAGGGAACAUGUUCAGGUUUUCAUUAAGCGCAAUGUUAGUUGUAAGGUUCUUUUUCCGUAGAAUUUUCCAACAAGUGUAGAAAGUUUCCCUCUGUUCUUAAUUUGCUGAGAUUUUUGUUAUGGUGAAUGAGUGUUGAGUUUUGUCAAAUGCUUUAUCUCCGGUUGAUAUGAUCAUCUGAGUUUUCUUCAGUAUCUUAAUUGAUGUGAUGUAGUGCACUGAGUUUUGCAUAUUGAACCAGCCUUGCAUCCUUGAAAUAAAUCCCCCUUGGUUGUGGAGUAUAAGUUUUUUAUAUACAUAAUGCAUUAAGGCAUUCCAUUUGACUUAUAUUUUUUUGAGGAAGCUUUCCCUCUCAGCUCUCAAUUGAUGUGUAGUUCUCAUUAUUUGCUUGUUUUUAACCACUUUCAUUGUCUGGUUUUGGUGUCAAGGUGAUAGUCGCUUCCCAGGUUGAGUUGGGAGGGAUUGUCUGUUUUUUAGGAAGACUGUGUAAUUGGUUUUAAUUGUUGUGGGGUUUUUUUUAUUAUUUUGUUUUGUUUUUUGCUUUUUAGGGCUGCACCUGGAGCAUAUGGAGGUCCAGGCUGGGGGUCUAAACGGAGCAUAUGGAGGUCCAGGCUAGGGGUCUAAACAGAGCUAUAGCUGCUGGCAUACACCAUAGCCACAGCAACGUGGGAUCCAAACAGAGUCUGCAACCCACACCUCAGCUCACGGCAACGCUGUAUCCUUAACCCACUGAAUGAGGCCAGGGAUUGAACCCGAAACCUCAGGGUUCCUGGUUGGAUUCGUUUGCGCUGCACCACAACGGGAACUCCUCUUAUUGUUGGUUUAAUAUUUGAUAGCAUUCUCCAGUGAACUGUUUGGGCCUGGAGAUAAUCUGGAUACUUUUAAAAUUACAUAUUACUUGAUAAAUAUGCAUCUAUUCAGAGUAUAUUUUUCAUAUUGCAUAAAUUGGAUAGUUGGUCCUUUUCGAGGAAAUGUCUUUCUUCGUGUAAAAUUUUCUAGUUUGUUUCUCUACUUGUUCGAAGUAUUCCCUUAUUACCCCCCCCCCGCCCCCCGCCAGCCUCCCCUGUGGCAUAUGGACGUUCCUGGGCCAGGGAUCAAAUCCACAUCCAGGGAACUGCCACAGCUUUGACAAUUCGAUCAUCUUUUUGAUGUCAACAGGGCCUGUACUUUUAUCCCAUUGUAUUCCUGAUUUUGGAAAUAGGUCAGCUCUCUUGUUAUUUUAUUUAUUUAUUUUGUCUUUUGAGGGCCACCCCUGUGGCAUAUGGAAGUUCCCAUGCUGGCAUUCAGCCUGGGUCGAAUCAGAGCUGUAGCUGCCAGCUUAAGACACAGCCACAGUAACUUGGGAUCUGAGUAACGUCUGCAACCUACACCACAGCUCAUGGCAAGACCGGAUCCUUAAUGCACUGAACCAGGAUCAGGGAUCGAACCCAUGUCAUCAUGGACACUAAUUGGGUUGGUUACUGCUGAGCCACAACAGAAAUUCCUCAACUAUCUUUUUAAUCAUUGUCGAUCUUCUUAGACAUUUAUCGAUAAUACUGAUUAUUCUAAAGAAAUAACACUUUAUUUUGUUGGUUUUUCUCUAUUUCUUUUUUUCUUUUUAACUUUGUUCCUGAUUUUUUUUUUUUUUUUUUUUUUUUGGUCUUUUUUUGUCUUUUUUUGCCAUUUCUUGGGCCGCUUCUACGGCAUAUGGAGGUUCCCAGUCUAGGGGUCUAAUCGGAGCUGUAGCUGCCAGCCUACGCCAGGGCCACAGCAACGCAGGAUCCGAGCCACGUCUGCAACCUAUACCACAGCCCACGGCAACGCCGGAUAGUUAACCCACUGAGCAAGGGCAGGGAUCGAACCCACAACCUCAUGGUUCCUAGUCGGAUUCGUUAACCACUGCGCCACGAUGGGAACUCCUGAUCCUGAUAUAUUUUAUUUAUUUUGUUAAUUAAAGUAUAGUUGAUUUACAAGGUUGUGCCAGUGUCUGCUGUAUAGCUAGUUUACCGUUUUUAGUUACACCGAUUUCUGUUUUGGUCUUUAUGAUAUUCUGUCUUCUACUUUGCUUUGGUUGUAUUUUGCUUUUUUUAUUUUUUGAGGGGUGCUGAGAUUAUUGAUGUAUUCUUUAAGCACUGUUCCAGAUUUAUCCCACAAGUUUUAAACAAUUUAUUCAGUUUUAAAUAUCCCUUGAUUCUUUUAGAGACUUCCUCUGUCUCUAGUGGGUUAUUUGGAAGUAUACUGUUUAAUUUACUACUGUUUGGAGUAUUUGCUAAUAUAUUUUACUUUGUUAAUUUACUUUUUGUUUCACAUUUGGUUGACUGUUUAAAUUUGUUGAAGUUUGUUUUAUGACCCAGGAUAUACCAUAACCUUGUUGAAUGUUCUGUGAGUGUUCUUGAAAAGAAUGUGUGUUCUGCUGUCAUCGGGUAGAGUUUCCGUCUAUAAAUGUCUGCACAGUCCUCUUGGUUGGGGGUACUAUUCAGAUAUUCUAUAUUCUUGCUGACUUUCUGUCUGGUACUUCUGUUGCAGAGAGAGCUGUAAGUUUCUGCUUCAAAGCUCUUUUUCUUUUUUUCUUUUCUUUUUUUUUUUUUUUUUUACUUUUAUUUUAUUUUAUUUAAUUUAUUUAUUUAUUUAUUUUUUGUCUUUUUGCUAUUUCUUGGGCCGCUCCCGUGGCAUUUGGAGAUUCCCGGGCUAGGGGUCGAAUCGGAGCCAUAGCUGCCGGCCUACGCCAGAGCCACAGCAACGCUGGAUCCGAGCCACGUCUGCAACCUACACCACAGCUCACAGCAACGCCAGAUCCUUAACCCACUGAACAAGGGCAGGGACCGAACCCGCAACCUCAUGGUUCCUAGUCAGAUUCUUUAACCACUGCGCCACGACGGGAACUCCCAAAGCUCUUUUUCGAUGUUAACAUAGUCACUACUGUGUGUUUGUGUUUUUCGGGUUUGGUUUUGUUUUGUUUGCUUUGUUUUGUUUUGUAGCGCCGCUCUUGUGGCAUAUGGAGGUUCCCAUGCUAGGGGUGCAGUUGGAGCUACAGCUGCCGGCCUGCACCACAGCCACAGCAAUAUCAGAUCUGGGCCUUGUCUGCGAGCUACGCCACAGCUCACGGCAACACCAGAUCCUUAACCCACUGAGCCAGGCCAGGGUCGAACCCAAAACCUCAUGUUUCCCAGUCAUAUUCGUUUUUGCUGCACCACAACGGGAACUCCACUACUGUGUUUUUUUGGUUAGCAUUUGCACAGUUUACAUUUGUCCCAUAUUUUUAGCCUUCUCUGUAUCAUUAUAUUUAGAAGUGUCUUGUAAUAGCAUAUAGUCAGUCUUACUUUUUUAUCCAUUUUGCCACGUUGUCUUAAUUCACAAAUUUAGAUCAUGUAAAUUUAAAAUAAUUCUUGAUAUGUCAGAGCUUAAGUAUACCAUUAAUUUUGUGUUCCUUUUGUAUUAUUUUUUGUUUUCCAGUUCUGUUUGUUUUUUGGAUGCCCCCCACCCUUCCUUUGGGCUUUACUUGACACUUUUUAGAAUUCUUUUGGAUACAUCUGUAAUGUUUUUGAGAAUAUAUGUCUUAAUUUUUUUUAUUCUAGAUACGUAACUUAUCACAGACUUUUAUGUAUAGAAACCUUGAUUCCAGUACAUUCUUUUACAUUCUGUAUUAUUUUAUUUUGUUUAUAUUUUUUGUCUGUUCCCACAGCAUACGGAAGUUCUCAGUCCAGGGAUAGAACCCAAGCCACCGCAGUGACAAUGCUGAAUCCUUAACCUCUAGGCCACCGUGGAACUCCUACGUUCUCUAUUCUUAAUAUAAUCAUUCUAAGUAUUUUCUCAUUGUAUACCGAAUACCAUAUUUGAUAUUACAAUUUUGCCUCAGCUGUCUAAUUGAUACCUUUUUACAAAAUUCAUGAAGAGCAUAGUCUGUUUACUUCUACUUUUAUUCUCUUGUUCUUUCUCCGUUCUUUUUUGUCCUUUUUUUUUUUUUUUUUUUCUUUUUUUUUUUUAGGGCCGCACCUACAGCAUAUGAAAGUUCCCAGGCUAGGAGUCGAGUCGGAGCUGUAGCUACUGGUGUACACUACAGCCACAGCAGCACCGGAUCCGAGCCGAAUCUGUGACGUACACCACAGUUCAUGGCAAUACCAGAUCCUUAACCCACUGAGUGAGGCCAGGGAUUGAACCCGUGUCCCUUGCUUAGCUUUUUUAAUUAUGUGGUGUGUGCCCUUUGUCACAUACGGGAAAUUUUUAGUUAUUCAAGUUUUUUGUUUGUUGUUUUUGGUUUUUGGUUUGGUUUUGUUUUGUUUGUUUUUUUAGUGCCACAGCAGAGGCAUAUGGAGGUUCCCAGGCUAGGGGUUGAAUCCAUGCUGCAGCAGCUCAUGGCGACGCCCGAUCCUUAACCCACUGAGCUAGGCCAGGGAUGGAACCUGCAUCCUCAUGGGUAUGUUUGCAUUUGGGUUUUUUAAUUUUCCAAUUGUUUGAUUUCCAUUUGGUUCUUUUAAUGCAUCUUCUAUAUGUUUGCCUUGUUUAUAAUGUCAGAGAAGGACUCACAGAAAACAGGCAAAAUUGUGUAGUCCAAAGUCAUGGUCCUCUGGUGGUUUAGCUUGAUAGCAGGAUAAAAAUGCUAGUAAGAACUGAAGGAAUGAAGGACUGGCGUCCACAAGUAUUUCUGAGAACAGACCUUGCAGCCAAGGGUGACCUGCGGGUAGUUGAGAGUUGUGUUCUCCAGGGAAGGUUUGUGUGUAAAAUCCCCUAGUUCUCUAGGCUCCUUACAGCUUCAGGGCUGGAGGGUGGCACUUCCUGUUUGUGACUGAACACAUCCCCACUUCCCACCUUGUUUGGGACCUCUGUCUGUCUGUCUGUCUGCUGUGCCUCCGCUCUGGGGUCUUUAAUCUCCCUCUUACCUCCCUUCUAGCCUCAGAAUCUAUACACUGGGCGCCACAUUGGAUGUUGUUGUCAUUUUUUUGCCCCAGCUGUCAGCUGUGUCCAUGUCUGUCAUCUCAGCCCCAGGUACUUUUCUGCCCCACAUGCCCAUGGGGCCCUUCUUACUCUCCCUGUGUAACUGUUGUGUCCACUGCCUCUCCCACCCGCUCAUGUCCCUGUCAUCACUAACAAACAAGAAUGGACUCCACCAUGGUCACCUAGCUUAAGCAGCCUUCUCAAAAUUCCCUUUUUUUUUUUUUUUUUCUUUUUUUGGCCACCCUGUGGCCUGUGGAGUUCCUGGGUUAGGGAUCAGAUCCAAGCUAUACUUGUGACCCAAGCCGCAGCUGUGGCAAAGCUGGAUCCUUAACUCACUGUGCCAGGCUAGGGAUCGAACCUGUGUCCCGGCACUCCCAACCCCAUUGCACUGCAGCAGCAGCUCCCCACUCCUCUUUCUGGAAGGUCCUCCCCUGGUUUCUGAGUUCCUGCCCUUCUUCAGAGGGUCUUUGUCCAUCAUCCACUACACAAUUUUGCUUCCUAGGAUCCAUCCAUCCAUAUUCCCAAGUAGCUGCUACUUUUCUCACUUGUGAUGUGUUCCCUCUGUGAGUUAAUUCCCUCUCAAGGCAUUUUACCCUCAGUGAUCUGCAGAGUCCCCCAGAUCCAUGUCUCCAGGUUGAAUGUUUGUCACUGGCCAUCCUGCACUUACUCUGUACACACUGAGCCUAUAUGCAUGAGUCAUGGGGCCACGGGAUGGUGACACACCCAUAAUCAAAACAGCAAAUACAGAAUUCCCAUUGUGGCUCAGCGGGUUAAAGAUCCCACUAGUAUCUGUGAGGACUCGGGUUUGAUCCCUGGCCCCUCUCUGGGUUAAGUAUCCAGCGUUGCUGCGAGCUGUGGUGUAGGUCGCAGGUGCGGCUCUGAUCAGCUGUGGCUGUGGUGUAGGCCGACAAAAAGACCCAGCAAAUAUACUGUAUUACUGUAUGUCAGCCAUUGUUUUACAAAUAUCAGCUGUUUUUGUCAUUUUUUAUGGCUGCACCCACGGCAUAUGGAGUUUCCCAGGCUCGAGGUCCAAUUGGAGCUGUAGUUGCUGGCCUGCCAGAGCCACGGCAACGCCAGAUCCUUAGCAGAGCGAGGCCAGGGAUCGAACCUGCAACCUCAUCAUUCCUCGUUGGAUUUGUUUCCACUGUGCCACAACGGGAACUCCCACACACCAGCUCUUAACCUUUGCAGUAAGAUGUGGUAGGAAAUGUGCAUUUGCUAUAGAUCAGAAAAUUAAGUCAUGGAAAAGUUAAGGAGUUUGUCCAAGGUUCCACGAUUCCUUAGGAAGUGUGGGACUUGAGAUUAGAGUUAGGUAGACCGGCUGCAGGAUCCAUGCUCUUACCACUUCGCCUCUUCGCCUCUCUCUUGUAGGGCAGGCGAGUGUACUUGAUCUUUUGUAGAAGGCCUUUCUCCUCUGACAGAGCAUCUUGACUUUACCAAACUCUGUCCUUACUGGCUGCCUGAUCUCUUGUAACUGGGUUUGCAGGGCAACCAUUGGGAGGUAGGCGGACUAAGGUGUGGAUUUGGCUUCCAGCUUUGUGUUCGAGGUGCCCAGAUUCUCAGUGAUUCCCACUGUUUUUGGCCUUUUUGCUCAAGCCAAACACCUUGCAGCCAUUUUUCAUCAUCCCCACAUCCAACCACUGUCCCAUUCUGUUCUCUCUGUAGACUUCAGUACAUGUGCAUUGCAGUGAAUGGUUACACAGUAGGGUAUUUUUAUUGUAAUGUUUGGCUCGCUCACAGUGUUGACACAAAGCUAUAUAUAUAGUUGACACUGUAUAAAACAUAUGUUGACCUGGAAGAAAAUCCACACUCUUUUGUGACCAGAUUGAAGUCAUAACGAAUGAUUGUAUCAGGACCACCCUCAGGUUCAGUGAUUUGCUAGGAGACUCAGCAGUCAGCAUGUCGUUACACUCAACAGCCACACUUUAUCAGCCCGAAAAGAGCAAACUCGGCCCAAGGACUGAAAUCCAGAGGAAACCAGGGACAAUCACUGUGGUCCUGUCUCAGGAAAGUCACACAAGACAUGCUUAAUUUAAGCUCCAUCAGGGAGGAAUAGAUGAGACUGUCUACUCAGGGAGCAGAGACCUGGUGCCCCGGGUUUCUUGGGGGCACUAUAGCACAGCACAUUCUGGGCCUCCAGAAGGACAGUGUGGCAUAAGCCGCCUGGUUACACAACAUACUUGGAUACACUGAGCCACCCCUCAUUUCUGGGCCUGGUGGGAAAUCUGAAAUCUAACGUCUCCAACACCGGCCCAGGGUGAAUCUUGCAAGCUCAAAGAAUAGCAGUCUCAGGCCUGUUGUGUUGUCUUCAUAGUGACUUAAAUGGGACUACAAUACUGAUUAAUUCAGGUUUCUGCACAUUGAGCAUAUAGAGCUUCCUACAACAGAGUCAUACUUGGAGGUGAAAGCAUUGUAACCAAAACAAAAAAGGAGUUCCCGUUGUGGCUCAGCGGCAACAAAUCAGACUAGGGUCCAUGAGGACGCGGGUUUGAUCCCUGGUUUUGCUCAGUGGGUUAAGGAUCGGAUUGGCCCAAGCUGCACACAGGUCGCAGAUGCAGCUUGGAUCUGGCGUUGCCAUGAGCUGUGGUGUAGGUUGGCAGCUAUAGCUGAUUGGACCCCCAGCUUGGGAGCCUCCCUGUGCCGCAGGUGCGGACCACCUUUCUGUCUUAGUCCUGGGGUGCUCAGUGCUGUCAUCCUUGAGUUUUGAAGGCUAAAGUUUUGUAAUCUCUACCCACAGGCAUGGUACACAUCUCAUGGAGAAACCACCUAGGCUAAAUGGUAACUGAGCAGGUUACUUUCCCUCCCUCAACAGUGUCAGGAUGGUGUAUUCCUGUUUGUCCUCAUUCUUACCUGUAAGCUGGAACACUUAAGUUCCUGGGCACUCUCUCCCUUUAUGUUGGAUAUCCAUAGGUUAAAGCAAAUGUUCUGGAGUUCCAUUGUGGCUCAGCAGGUUAAGAACCCGACUAGUAUCCAUUAGAAUGCGGGUUUGAUCCCUGACCUUGCUCAGGAGGUUAAGAAGUUGCCUUGCAUUGCAGUGUAAAUCGCAGAUGUGGCUCAGAUCCAGCAUCACUGUGGUGUAGACCAGCAGCUGCAGCUCCCAUUCAACCCCUAACCUGGGGAUUUCCAUGUGCUUCCGGUGUGGCAUUAAAUAGCAAAAAAACAAAAAAAAAAACCCUCCACAAACUGAAGCCAAGGAUCAAGAAUGCAGAUGAGGCUUGGGAAGAGACCAGGGUGAGAGAAAAGGACCUGUGAAAAGUAUUUGGAAGUUUCAAAACUAAUGGGUGGCUAAACAUGUAUGAGUUCAGCAA